AUGCGCAGUUGUCCUUGAUUCGAGCCGAGCACACGACGACGUCGAUCGCAGCACCGAAGUAGUGUGCGAGUAAAAAGUAAAAGGCGCAUUUCUCGUUGCAUAUCUAGUUGUUUUAUUGUACAGUAUCAAAAAAAAGUCAAGCGAGUUCACUAGCCGCGUAAGACGAUAUUCCAAGCAAUACAUAAUAUAAUAUCACAGGCAUUAUAAGGAGGGAGAAGCAAAUAAGAAAAAGUGCGGUAACAUGAGAACAACAGACACCGACCCGUGGACUACGGGCGUCGACUCGGCUGCAGUUGAGGCAAACUCUUCGACUCAGCAAGAUAACUCUUUCGAAGACUCGUUUGUCGAUUCUGAUAACGCCGCUGCUGCGCCUGCUGAUCAGAAGGAUUUGGAGAAAUUGCCUGAUUCCGCUCAGUAUUUAGCCAGACUUCACUCAAAAUUGAAAGCGAUUCAGGGAGGAACUUCCAAGCGUGACCUCAUUAAUUCGCUGUCUGUUGCAAGAGAAGAAUGCAUAGCUAGAUUAAUUACCGAUGGACAUAAUCUUGAAACACAAGAAGCAGAGGAACUAGCAGCAAAUCCACUUAUCAGGCACAUAGCUCCACAUUUACAGGCUCUUACAACUACUGAACUUGUUCAUUUAUUAAAAGCUGAUCAUUUGCAACAAGUACUUGAAGAGCAAGACACUCAAGCUCCGGAAAUUGAAGAUUCAGAAAGCAAGUCAACAGAUAGCCAAUCUGAUAUUCAAACUCAAGAUUGUAACGGAUUAUAAAAAAAGAUGGCUGGAAAAAUAUU